CCCUCUUUCUGCUCCUCCUCCUCCUUCCUUCCUUCCUUCCUACCUACCUUGUGUUUCCGGCGGAGUUCCUUCCCUCUGGCUGCUUUGCUGGGCGGUGAGGAGCUUCCUUCCUUGCGGCUCAGGAAUAUGUCUCCACGAUGCCAGAAUUUCCUAUAUUGAAUCACUCCAUUGGAUACGGAAAGAACGGCAGCCCUUUGCUCCUGCACAUUCAAAGCAAAGUUGGUCUACUUAUUUGUUCAAGAUAAUUGCUUGGAAGCAAUGCUGAAGCCAAAUCCCGCAAGUCUGCAGCUGGAACAAGGAACGCCAAGAGAAGGAGGGAAAGCCAGAAGUAGGGUUCAGCCCAAAUACAUGACCAAGGGUCCAAUGUGGAAAGUGCCAGAAGAAAGCAACGAGCUUCCAGGUCAAAGGAUGUACCAGUGCCAGGAAGCCCAAAGGCAGAAGUUCUUGAAGACCCUCCAGUUGCGUUCCUGGGCAUGGGGAAGCCUUCCACCGGCAGAGGAGAUGCCGUGGGACGAGGCCAAGGCCUUCCUGUCCUCCUUCGAGCAAGUGGCCAAAGCCUGUUGGUGGCCAGAGGAAGAGUGGGUGGCCCGGCUGUUGCCCGCAUUGAGCGGAGAAGCAGAGCAGGCCUUUUGGAGCCUGGAAGCCAGAGACAGGGAGGAUUAUGGGAAAGUGAAGGCGGCCAUCUUAAGAGCGGAGGCCCUGAGAGCGGAGCUGCAGCGCCAGCAUUUCCGGCAGUUCUGCUGCCAAGAGGUCAAGGACCCACGAAGGGUUUACAGCCAAGUCCAGGAGCUUUGCAGUCGGUGGCUGAAGCCGGAGAGACGCAGCAAGGAGCAGAUCCUGGAGCUGCUGGUCCUGGAGCAAUUCCUGGCCAGUCUUCCCCAAGACCUGCAAGGAUGGAUCCGAGGCGGAGGGCCAGAGACCUGUUCCCAGGCUGUGGCCCUGGCAGAGGACUUCCUCCUCAAGAGACAGCAAGAGGCCGGUUCCGCCAGGUGGCAGGGACCGUUGCAGGAUGUGUGUGUUGGUUCCCUGGAGGCAGAAGGGACAUCGCCAGAUGCUGCUCAGGGACAGAUCUAUGAAGAAGCCAAGCGGGUGAAGGAUGUGGAGAUCCCUUUGCUAGGUGGUGGGAUCAAAGGCCCAAGUCCUUCCAUUUCAGUGUUUCCUCGUGAUGGGCAAGUGAAGACAGAAGCUGGGCUGGGUGCGGAUCUGCUGGACCAAAGAGACACAGGCAUCUCUUUACACAGGGUUGAACAGACAAUAUCCCAGGCGGGCCAACAGACCAUCUUCUGGCAAGUCCUGCAGGAGGAGGGUGGAAACGCACAGCUGUUUGGUGAGGGGGAGGCAACUUCAAUUAAAGUGGAGGCUUCUUCACAUGCAGAGGAUGAGAUGGAGGAGAGGCCCGGGGCAUUUCCACUUGUAAACCAAGGAAAUGGACCAUUGACGGCGGAGACAUAUGGCGAAAGAACAAACCAUCCCAUGAUAAUGGAUCGUGUAGAGAAGAAUGUUAAGAAAAGAAAAUACCGUGAGGAUUAUUUACAGUAUGGUUUUACCUCAAUAAUUAUAGCAGGAAUUGAGAAACCGCAAUGUGUUAUUUGUGGUGAAGUUUUAGCAGCUGAAUCUAUGAAGCCGAACAAACUAAAACGCCAUUUUGAUUGCAAGCAUUCGAGCCUUGCUGGCAAGGAUCCCAACUAUUUUAGAAGCAAAGCUGAUGGACUCAAGAAAGCCAGGCUUGACACUGGUGGCGAGUACCAUAAACAAAAUGUAACAGCUGUUGAAGCUUCCUAUUUGGUGGCACUCAGAAUCGCCAGAGCUAUGAAACCUCACACCACUGCUGAGGAUUUACUGUUGCCAGCGGCUAAAGACAUAGUUCAAGUUAUGAUUGGAGACGAAUUUGUUACAAAAUUGAGUGCACUUCCCUUAUCUAAUGACACUGUCCGCAGAAGAAUAAAUGACCUAUCUGCUGAUAUUCUUGGCCAGGUAAUCCAGGAAAUUAAAUCUGCUCCACUUCCAAUAUUUAGUAUCCAGCUUGAUGAAUCUACAGAUGUUGCAAACUGUUCACAGUUACUGGUUUAUGUGAGGUAUAUUAAUGAUGACGACUUUAAAGAUGAGUUUCUUUUUUACAAACCUCUUGAAACGACAACUACUGCACAUGAUGUAUUUGACACAGUUGGUUCAUUUCUGAAAGAGCAUAAGAUCUCUUGGGAAAAGGUUUGUGGUGUUUGCACAGAUGGUGCUUCAGCUGUGCUAGGAUGUCGCUCUGGAUUUCAACGUUUGGUACUGAACGAGUCACCAAAAGUCAUUGGAAGUCACUGUAUGAAUCACUGGCAAAUAUUAACAAUGAAGACACUUCCACAAGAGUUACAAGAAGUAAUGAAAAGCGUCAUAAGUUCUGUCAAUUUUGUAAAGGCUGACACUUUGAACAGUCAACUGUUUUUGCAACUGUGUAAUGAGUUGGAUGCACCAAACAAUGCUCUGCUAUUUCACACUGAAGUGAGAUGGUUAUCGACAGGAAAAGUUUUAAAACGUGCUUUUGAGCUUCGUGAUGAACUUAAAAUGUUUUUUAAUCAGAAAGCAAGACCGCAGUACGAAGCACUUUUCAGUGAUGAGAGUGAACUGCAGAAAAUAGCUUACUUGGUUGACAUCUUUACCAUCUUGAAUGAGUUAAAUUUAUCACUGCAAGGACCAAAUGCAACAUGCCUCAAUUUGUCUGAGAUGAUCCAAUCAUUCCAAAUGAAACUUCUGUUUUGGCUUAAAAAAAUGGAUGAAAAUAAAAUGUACAUGUUUCCUACCUUAUCUGCUUUCUUUGAGGAACAUGACAUUGAACCAGACAAAAGGAUUAAAGUGUUAAUUUCUGUGAAAGAACACUUGCGCAUGCUUGCAGAUGAAAUUUCAUUGUACUUUCCAAAUCUACCUGACACCCCAUUUGCACUUGCCAGAAGCCCAUUCACAGUCAGAGUUGAAGAUGUUCCUGAGACGGCACAAAAAGAGUUCAUUGAAUUUAUUAACAGUGAUGCAGCGAGAACUGAUUUCUCUAGAAUGCCAGUUACAAAAUUCUGGAUCAAGUGUUUGCCAUCAUAUCCUGUUCUGUCUGAGACUGUGUUGCGCCUUCUUCUUCCAUUUCCAACAACAUAUCUUUGUGAAACAGGGUUUUCCAGCUUGUUGGUUAUCAAGUCUCAAUACAGAAGUAGCCUUGUUGUGGAAGAUUAUCUUCGUUGUGCUCUUGCAAAGACUGCCCCGAGAAUUUCUGAUCUGGUGAGAAAGAAGCAAUCUCAACCUUCACACUAACAUUGGCUUUUUAUACAUACUGUUGCAAAAUGUAGCAAUGUAGUUUACUGUUGUUAUAUUAAGAUUGUUACCCAUGCUACACCAUACCUCAAGACAAAAUUUCAUUGAUUUUUCACAAUAUAAUAAUACUAUGAAAUAGUAGACUCCAAAUUCCUAAACUUUUGUUUGAAAGUUCUAAUUUCCUACUGAUACUAACAAGCAAGCCUCUUCUGAAGAAUAUAAAAAACUCAAACUUAGGGAAAUGCAUUUGGAUCUACAUGCAUACAUCCUGGCUGAGUACAUAAAGGCUAAUAGAAUACCCAGAGGUCUACGGUUGUUUAAAUCCCCUGGGAUGUUUACAUUAGAUACAUCUUUCAACCAGAAAUGGGUUACUAUUUUGAUAAAUGUUAUAAAUGUUCUCAUGAUUUAAUGCUUUUGUUUAUUGCCCAGUCCAAUGAGGAAAUAGAGAAGGUAAAAAUCCAAUCUCAAUCAGUACUGGAGGAACUCAGUGUGAAUGAUCAGUGUAAAGCUGACUUAGCAGCCCUAUCUAAUAAACCAGGGGUCCCCAAACUUUUUAAACAGGAGGCCAUUUCACUGUCCCUCAGACCAUUGGAGAGCCAGAGUAUAGUUUAAAAAUAUGAACAAUUUUCUAUGCACACUGCACAUAUCUUAUUUUGAAGUAAAAAAACAAAACAAAAUGGGAACAAAUACAGCCUCAAUGAUGAUGAUGAUGAUAAUAAUAAUAAUAAUAAUAAUAAUAAUAAUAAUAAUAAUAUAAAAAGGGUUGGAAGAGACCCCUUGGGCCAUCUAGUCCAACGCCCUUCUGCCUUUGUGCACCAAAAAAUAAUCAAAGUACCCCUGACAGAUAGCCACCCAACAAUAAUCAUAAUCAUAAUAAAAAUAAUAAAGAGGGUUGAAAGAGUCCCCUGGGGCUAUUUAGUCCAACCUCCUUCUGCCUUUGUGCACCAAAAGCACAAGCAAAGCACCCCUGACAGACAGUCACCCAGCCUCAAUGUUAGUAAUAAUAAUAAUCAUCAUCAUCACAAAAAUAAUUAAAGAGGGUUGGAAGAGACCCCUUGGGCCAUUUAGUCCAACCCCCUUCUGCUUUUGUGCACCAAAAGCGCAAGCAAAGCACCCCUUAAUAAUUAUUAAUUAAUUAAGUAAAUAAAUAAUCAUUAAAAUACCAUGAUAAAAAGAAAAAGCAAAGCAUUGGAAGGUGUGCACCAGGCAAGGGAGGAGGCGGGAAAGGCGCACACGGGGUGAAUGAAGAGGCAGGAAAAGUGCACACCUUUCCCUGCUCCCUCGCCCCGUGUGCGCCUUCCCUGGUAGCAGCGGAAAAGGCGAGCGUGGGGCGAGGGAAGAGGAAAAGGUGCAUGCCUUUUCCUCCGCGCCACACACACCUUCCUUUGCAGAGGAGGAGGGAACCGCUACUGCGGGGGCCGAGUAAAUGGUUUUGGGGGUUUGCAUGUGGCCCGCGGGCCAUAGUUUGUAGAUCCCUGUAAUAAACUCGAGGAAUUCUCACAGCAAAUUAGAACUUUCAAACUAAAGAAAUUUGAGAGAGAUGAAAAUGAUUAUAAAAACAACAGAGUUUAUCACUGGUUGUACACUGACACCCAGAAAGCAGGUCCGUUUCAGGGACUAUACAUCAGAAGAUGAUUCAGCUUCUUUUUCAGAUGGUUCUUCAAAUAGUGUCUUCACUUUUGGAAGAGAUAAUACCAUGUUACCUAGACGCACUGGCCAAGUUAUAAGCCAACGCAAGAGGUUUUUUCAGGGGUUUCCCUAUCAGAAACAAAAGACCUGAUAGUCAGUCUAUCGCAGUGGUUCUCAACCUAUGGGUCCCCAAAUGUUUUGUCUUUCAACUCCCAGAAAUCCUAACAGCUGAUAAACUGGCUGGGGUUUCUGGGAGUUGUAGGCCAAAACAUCUGGAGACCCACAGGUUGAGAACCGCUCAUCUAUCAGAUAGGAUACUAUCCCCACAUGAAAGAUGUAUAAUCAAAAAGGGUUUACCACUUGUUCCAUGGUCUUAGGAACCGAGACACCAGUAACUUUUUCCCACCCCCUUUGCAUCCCAGAGGCCGCUUCUUCUCCAGAGAGGUGGUGACGUCAUUCAGCCCCACAGGAGUGACAGAGAUGAGGUUUGCUUUGGAGUCAAGAGGGAUGAGGAAGGAGGAGGAGGUGAAGGUGAGAAAGGAGAAGGUGAGGGAAAGGGGCCUGAGGGGCAGGCAGGGCUUAGAGAGAGGUGGAGUGGCCCCUCCAUGACCUAAUCCCAGGAAGAAAAAGAAGUAACAAUGAAAAUACAUUCUGCAUAGCAGAUAUUUACAUUAUGAUUUAUUACAGUAGCAAAAUUAGUUAUGAAGUAGCAACAGCUUUAGCUCAAUGUUGGGUCACAGAAUUUUUUUUAAAAUCAUUUUUAUUAAAGAAUAUUUUAAAAAGAUUUACAUCUUCUGGUUUGCUAAAGGAAGAUAUGGGGAGGGAAGGGUUUAGGUUAGUCGGGGAGGGUUAAUAGGGGGUGAAUGAGUGAUUCUGAGAGUCCUAAGGAAUUGGAUACAUAUUAUUGGGUUGGUGAGAUUGGACUAAAAAGAAUUGAGAGAUAGAUUUGUAAGAGGGUAGGUUUUGGGGGAGUCAGAGGGAAAGUUGGGGGGGGGGAGUCUGAAUUCAGACAUCCGGAAAGGUAGCCUAAUGGGAGGGGGGAAAGGGUAGACUUCCAAUCUUCUUUCUUCCAUACUGUGUCUUGUCUUAUCCACAACUGUAUUAAAGCGUGAUGGCAUUAUGAAGGUUGAGAACCACAGCUUUAGCUCAAUGUUGGGUCACAGAAAAUUUGACAACAAUAGACAUUUCCUGACUGCCACCUAUUGGCUGUUUUAGACUGCCUGUAGAGUAUGUAUUAUUAUUAUUUUAUUUUUGUACCCCACCUCCAUCUCCCCGGAGGGACUCGGGGCGGCUAACAUGGGGCCAAGUGCAGAAAGUUACAAUAAAACUGAGUAAAAAAUGUAUGUUAAGAAAUA